AAUGCAUGACAAGUUAAAUUACAUCUAAGAAUUAGAUGCUCGCAGUUAGUACAGUAAUGCAGUACACUGAUGCACAUGGCCUUAUAAGUCUCUUCCAUACCGGUUUGUUAUUUAAUAUAGUUGCGUGCUCUCCUACAAGUAAAUAAUUCUACAAUAUGGGUAUUUAGAUUUAAAUUUAAUCUAUAACCACACUAUGUGGUCUAUAUUGGAGUAUAGAUACUUUGAAUCCUAGAUUAGUAAAUAAAAAUAGAUGGUAAGUUAAAAAUAGUUAACAUAGUGAGUAGAAAAUUUGUUGAGAGGUUAUAUUGUCUUGUAGUGAGUUCUCUUACAGAGAAGGUUGAUUAACUUUCGUUACUUUUUACUUUAAUUAUUUUAAAAUGUUAGAAGAUGAAUCAACAUCUGAAAUACCAAAAUAUUUUCGAUCAAAUUUAUUAGCUUGUCGUGAAGCUAUAGCACCAGAAGAUUUUAAAAAAUUCGUUGGUCUAAAUACCAACAGUGAAAGAGUUGCAUUUAUUCUCAGUUAUCCAGAGGCUCAUGAUUUACCUUUGGAAAUUGAAAAUCGUUUAAUAAAAGAUUCACAAAAAGCAUUAAAGCUUAAAGAAAAUGGAAAUAAAUUAUUCGGGCAACAAAAGUAUAUUCUCGCAUUGGAGACAUAUACAAAAGCAAUUAUUAUUUCACCAAAAAAAGAAAUGAGCAUAUAUUUAGCAAACCGUUCAGCAGCUUUAUAUAACUUGGAAUAUUAUGAGUUUGCUUUGAGAGACAUUGAGGAAGCUCUUUCACGUGGCUAUCCUAAAGAACUAGAAUAUAAACUUCUAGAAAGACGAGCACGAUGUUUUUUAGGAUUAAAAAGGAAUGCACCAGCUAUUGAGGCAUUUCAAAAAGCUUUAAUAUCUUUAGAUGAUGCUAAGGUUCCAUUUGAAAAAAAACAAAAACUGGAAAUGGAUAUUAGAAUAAUGUUAACUAUGAUGGAAAAAGGUAACCAAAUAAGUGAAAAAUCAAAAUCAGCCAAUUCUCAAACUGAAAAAACGAAAAAAAAUUCUAAUGUAAAAAAUGAGCAUAAUAUCCCAAAAAUUCCUAAUUGUAAUCCACUUUAUCCAUCUGUCAGUUCUGCGGUAGAAAUUCGUGAAGGUGGAGAAAUAAUUGGAAGACAUGGAAUUGCAACACGAGAUAUAAUGCCGGGAGAUUUAUUAAUUGUGGAAAAGCCGCAUGUUUCCGUUUUGCUUAAUGAAUUUAGAUUAAGCAAUUGUCAUCGUUGCAUGAAAAAAAAUAUCGCUCCGUAUCCAGCUGACUGUGAUAAGUGUAUUAUUAUUGCUUAUUGUAGUCCAAAAUGCCGAGAUGAAGAUACUCAAAUUCAUGCGAUGGAAUGUAAUAUUCUAGGAUGCCUUUGGCUUUCUGAAGUUUCCGUAACGUCACUAAUGGCUAUUAAAGCAAUUAUGCAGACCCCAUGGGCUAAAUUACAACAAUUGAAAAAUGAUUAUAAAAAGUAUAAAGGAAAUUUUAAAGCUUCAACGGAAAGACCAUUCAGGGGAAAAGAUCAUUUAGCUUUGUGGUCAAUGGUUACCCAUGAAAGUGAAAGAACUGAUGAUGAUAUGUUUCAUAGAACGUACAUGGCUGCUUGGUUACUGAGACUAAUAAAAUCAAGUCCAUACCUUCCUGGUGAAUCAAAAACUCUUUAUCCUGAUGUACCGCUUUCUGAAGAUGAAUUAUUCAUUGCGGAUCUGCUCCUUCAUCAUUUACAGCUUUUACAAUUCAAUGGCCAUGAAAUUUCAGAACUUGCAAGACCCAGAAAUGAACCUACAUUAGCUAGAUCAAAAAGUAAUUUUAUCGGAGGAGGAAUAUUUCCUACAGCUGCAUUGCUGAAUCACUCAUGUAAUCCCGGAGUAAUAAGAUAUUUUCUGGGCACUACGAUGGUAGUUCGAUCAAUACGAACAAUACGAGCUGGAGAAGAAAUCUGUGAUAAUUAUGGACCUGCUUUUAUGAAUGAACCCAAAGUAGAGAGACAAAGAAAAUUAAGAAUGAACUAUUGGUUUGACUGCAAUUGUGAAGCAUGUACUUAUAAUUGGCCGAUUUUGGAUGAAAUAGAUCCAAAGAUUUUAAGGUUCAAAUGUGAAACAGGGAAAACUUGUGGUAAUGUUCUCUUAGUGAAUGUAGACACUAGUGAAUUUGUAAUUCAUUGCAACAAAUGCAAUAAAAAUACAAAUAUUAUGAUGGGCUUGAAGGCUUUACAAGAUACUGAUAGACUUUUUAAAGUGGCCUCAGAUCAUUUAGAAAGCGGAGAAAAUACUAAAGCACUAGAAAAUUAUUAUAAAAUUUUAAAACUUUUAGAUGAUACUUUGGCAUUACCUAUCAAAGAUUAUCACAUAGCACAGCAAGGUGUAAAAUUGAUAUUACUUUCAGAAGGUAAUACAUGUGUUGUAUAAACAAAUUAGUUUUUUAAUCUGGAUCGUAAAAAAAGCUUCACAAUUUAUUUCAUCUCAUAAAUUGAUAAAAGUACAAAAUAACAGACAAAACAUCAAGUAAUUAUAUCGUCAUAAUAAAAUAACAAAUUGAAAAAAAAAAAGAUUUAAA